UUUUUAAUGGAAAAGGGAGCUGUCGAAUUUAUUACAAAUUCAACUUCAAUUUUACAAUUCUCAAACCGGGAUGUUUUGGACAGAAUUUUUGUUGUAUGUUUGAUAAGUUUAAUUUCUGUUUGUAAUGUGCUUAUGGGAUGUGAGUUGAAUUUACAUGUUGUUUUAUCGACCAUUAAAAGACCUGUGGCACCAGCAAUUGGUUUUUUCACUCAAUUUGCAAUUAUGCCUUUGUUGGCCUAUUCAAUUGCAAUUUUUGUACUUUCUAGUAAAGGAAUGCAUUUAUUAGCUCUUGGAUUAUUUGUAACAGGAUGCUCGCCUGGUGGUGGGGCCAGUAAUUAUUGGACAGUUUUACUUGGAGGGAAUACAAAUCUUUCGAUAACGAUGACUUUUUGUAGUACAAUCGCUGCUUUAGUUAUGAUGCCGUUGUGGAUAAAGUUGUUGGGUACAAGGCUAAUUAAAGCUGUAGCUCCAACACUUACGAUUCACAUUCCAUAUAGUAAAAUUGUUGCUUCAUUGUUCACUCUUAUUGUUCCGCUCUUCGUUGGAUUAAUUAUUGCCAAGUACAAACCUCAUUGGGCUAUUAGAGCACGCAAAUUAUUACGACCUUUCAUCAUUUCUGUUCUGAUAGUGCUCAUCAUCUUUGGUGUAGCAAUCAAUCUAUGGCUGUUUAAAUUGAUCACCUGGCCUAUCCUCUUGGCUGGACUUCUCCUUCCUUGGUGUGGAUUCAUGUUUGGAUGUUUCACUUCUAUCCUGUUAGCUCAAGAUCCACCCGACGUCACUGCAAUCGCAAUUGAGACAGGCGUUCAAAAUACGGGGAUUGCAAUAAUGCUGUUGAAGCUUACCUUUCCAGGAACGGAUUCAGAUAUUGCUAGUCUUCUCCCCAUUACUGUUGCUUGUUUUACUCCAGCUCCACUUUUAUUUGGUUAUGCCAUUCAUACACUGAUUAAACGAUUAAAAGAAAAAAGAGUAAAACCCGGACUUUGCCCAGCAGACAGUUCGAGAUCCCCAUUGGCAAAGAAUGAAGAGGAGGAGGUGCAGCAGAAUUCAAGUACAGGAAAUUCUGAUGAUGAUGAGAGUGACAGGAUAGAAAUUGUUUGUCCAACGACUGCUUUAUGA